AUGGACAAGGAAACAGCGGAGGCGCUGACGAGAACGAAGGCGCUCUACGACGCCGCCGCGGUGCUAGAGACGUCGCACCCUCGCGCAGCGAAGCGGUGGUGACGCAAACGCAACACCGACACCACAAAAACCAAACAGGCAACAUUGGUGGCGGACGCUCUGCAUGGCCUCCUUGGCGGCGGCCCUGGCGCCGCCGCCGCCGGUGCGUAUUGGUUAUGUGACGGACAUCGAGGGGAACCUCGACUAUUUCCGCCGCUACGUGCGCGCGUCGGGCGUGCUGCGCUUCGACGACGACGCGGAGACGGAGCUGCGCUUCGCGGACGACGGCUGCAGAUUCGUCUUCGGCGGCGACGCGGUCGACAAGGGCGACGGCGACGUGCGCCUCUGCCGCAUGCUCGCGGACCUGAGCGACCGCUACGGCCGGGACCGCGUCGCCCUGCUCGUCGGCAACCGCGACCUGAACAAGCUCCGCUUCACGGCGGAGCUGUCGCCGGAGGCGCUCGCGACGCCGCCGGAGGCCGUGCCCGGGCCGCACUGGGACGACGCAGCGCCCCGGCUCGCGGACUACCUCAAGUCGAAGAGCCUCGACGACUCGCGGGCGAACCGGCUCCGGUGGAUGCUCGAGCACACGCUCGGCUGCCCCGGGACCUUCGAGUUCCGGAGGGCGGAGCUGAAGCAACUACGAAACGGGGCCGACGUGACGGACGACGACGUCGUCGACUCGUGCGUCGGCGAAGUGCUCCCCGGCGGCGCGCUCCGCGCCUACCUCGAGCGCGCGUCCGUCGCGGCGCGGUUCGGCUCGACGCUCUUCGUCCACGGCGCCGUCGACGCGCAGACCGCCGGCUUCGUGCCCGAUAAAAACACGCGCUUCCGCGUCGGGAGGCACGGCGACGCGGGCUUCCCGCCGACGAAAAGCUUCAUGGGCGAGCGCGACGUCGACGCCUGGGUCCGCGACCUCAACGCGCUCCUCGCCUGGGGCCUCGAGGACCACCUGGCGCGGCCGACGUUCGCCGCCGACGGCUCGCGCGGCGGCGACUGCCUCCUCGCGCUGCAGAACCGCUGCGCCGUCUGGGGCCGAUCCGUCGUGUCCAACUGCUACGCCGACGGCGGCAACGUCGACUCAAGAUCCGCGAUGACGCGGCGCGCGCGGAUCUGGGCCGCGGUCCGCGAGGGCGCGUCGACGGGCGCCUACGACGCGCGCGCGUUCGAGGCGUCGACCAAAUACACGUCGGACGCUAGGGACCCGGCGGUCCACGCCUGGCUCCGGCGCUCCGGCGUGAAACGCGUCGUCGUCGGCCACCGGCCCGUCGGCGACUCGCCCGCGCUGCUGCGGGCGGCGGCCGGCGGCGUCGAGGUCGUCAUGGCCGACACGUCCUUCGCGGACGUCGCCGCGCCGGACAAGCGCGGCGCGAGCCUGGUCGUCGCGACCUUCGAGGGCGACGACCUCGAGCGCACGGCGACGCGCAUCGUCGGGUCGCGCGCGGACGGGGCGAGCUACGAGGUCCGGGUCCCCGCGCCCGGCGACGACGCGGACGCGGACGACGUCCUCGGCACGGUCGACGCCGACGGCUGGUGGUGCAAGGCCCGCUGUGAAGACGGGUUCCUCUUCUCGCGCGGCGACGGGCGCAAGGUCGAGUACGACCUACGACCUCCUUAAAGUCUAAGAAGCUCCAGUGUGUGGGAAAUGACUACGUCGGCGCCGGGCCGGGCC